AUGUGCCAACAGAUGGCACUUCGAUAGUCGCGAAUCUUUAACCACGUUAUCAUUCUUAUCAUAUGUGAUCUAAGUUAUUUAAAAUGGCGCUUAUGUUUGUUGGAAGAUUAUUAAAUAAUCUUUGCACGACAUCGAAACAUAACCUAGGAGUUACUAGUCAAUUAAUUAUCCAAACACGUGAUUAUGCUGCAAGAAAAGGUACAAGAGCAAGACGAGAUGCCAAAAAAAUCAAAAAGAAAAUAGAAAAGAUUGAAAAAAUUGGAUUCAUUGACAAAUUGCUGCAAGCAGAAAAAAAAUCAACUACAGUAGUUAAAAGAAAAAGAUUCACGCCAAUAAAUAAACCAGGCCCGAUUGAUAAUGUAUGGUUAUUUAGGUCUCAUCCACCUAAAAUUUAUUCUAUCGAAGAAGCAGUGCAGUGUCAUCGUGAAACGCAUCAUCCAACUAUGUUAAAUUGUCCAGAUUCUAAAGUCAUUGCCAAAUUCGACAUUAGUUUACUGGGUGAGAAAAAGGGAAAGUUUAUAGAGGCUUUUAGUCGUAUCAUAGACUAUCCUUAUAAUAUUGAACACAAUGAAAACAGAACGAUAUUAGCUUUCUGUGCAAAAGAUUCUUUAGUACAGGAAGUUUUGAAGGCAGGUGCUACUUUAGCAGGUGGAAAAGAUCUUAUAAAAUCCAUUAAGGGAGGUGACGUAUCUUUAAGCGAAUUUCAAUACUGUGCAGCGCAUCCAGAUAUUUUACCGGAUUUAUUAUUAAUUAGAGGUUUAAUGAAAAAAAAAUUUCCAACGACUAAAAGAGGUACUUUGACUCCUGAUCUUGAAGGUUUAGUAAAGAAAUUUGUUCGUGGUACUAAGUAUGAUGCUAUACCUGACAAAUUUGAAAAAGAAUAUGGUAUAAUCCAAUGUCCCAUUGGAACGCUUGAUAUGGAUAGCAAGCAUUUGGAAGAAAAUUUUGCAGCUCUUGUUAGAGACAUUCAUUCCGUUAAACCUAAAAAACAGACUGCAAUUAUUAUAAGAGGAUGCUUGAUCAGUCCACCAGGGAAGGAAUAUUUCAGUGUAGAUGUUAAUCAAUAUUUGCCACAAGAAACCAUUGUGAAGGAUCCUGUCAAUGAAGAAUUGUUGGAAGAAGAAGAUGAUUUAUCGGAUGCUGUUAUACCGUCCCAUUAAUUAUAGAACCUUAAGCAUAAGUUUAAACACAAGGUGAACUUUUAUUAUUUAGUUUUAACAAUUUGGAAAAUCGGAAAGAGAAUGUUAAUAAUAUUCGACGUUUAAUAGUUA